AUGAAAACCACCGUAACCAAUGCUGCUUUAUCGUCAUUAAACCGGAUAUUUAAUAGUAUAUUGGGCGGCGAUGAGAAGCGUUAUUUGAUACUGGAUGACGGUUUAAUAAAGCCGUUGAGUAGCUACAUAGAUAGCCGGUAUUUGAAGGAGCAUCAGUUUGACUGUUGGUACCGGUUGUCGACGUUCGACCCGGCGAUAUUGUCGGCGGCUGCGGGCGCGGAGGAGGAAGCACUGGCGGACGUGACGUUGGUGAUUUUCAUGGGUCCGACGUUGGCGACUGGGGAGCGAAUAAGUCAGUUGAUCAGCGCGGCGGUGACCGAGCGCACCGGCGAGCGCGCGCCCACGGGGCCGAAGUCUGGCGGCGCCAAGGCCGGGCCCAAGGCGGGCGGCGCCAAGGUCAAAGUUGUCUUAGUGAAUUUCCCACGACGGCGAAGCGGCGUGGUUUCGCAGAUUUUAAUUACAGUCCGAGCCAACCUUAACUGCGCUGACACCUGGCAGGAAGUGCCCGCAGACAAGAACGCGCUCACCAUCCAUGAGGGCAGGUUGCGCGUCGUCCUCUGCGACUGCGACGUCUUCCUCUACCCACUCGACGCCACCCCAGACGGCGGUGCCGCCUUCUCGCUUUGCAACCCCGCCAGCUACCUAGACCUCAAACUACGCGGAGACCUCGCCGCCCUCAAACACCUCCAGAUCGCUACACAACAACUCAUGUCCCGCUGCCAACUCGCUGCCACUCUCCCCAUCAUCGGUAUCGGACGCGAUGCCGUACACGUCGCCCAACAAAUACAACAUCACCUGCAAGACUCACUUCAGGUCGUCGCACACACUGACGAACACCCACCCACCGCAGCCGUCGCCGCGCUACACGCCUUCGCCAACGCCACCCUCCGCAGAAAGGGUGCGCCUAACGAGAGCGCAGCCAACGGGGGCGCCGCCGACGAGAGCGGGGGGGCAGCGAACGGGGGCGGCGCAGUGCCGGAAACUUACCAGCUGCUACCCAAUGAAAUCCUCAACCGCUGCAUCGCGGAGUCGUCGGAGCUGGUCGCCAAGGACCGCGAGUUCGUUUCGCACCCGACCCGGGACGACGGGCUCGCGAAGCGCGUCAUGCAGUCUUCUUUCACAAUCCGGCUCCCCGAGGUCACGAGCUACCCGCAGCCCACGACAGCCCUCGCACCCGACGGUUCCGCCAUCCCGACCGUGAUUCGUUCGAUAAUUAUCAUGUCUCGAGAUGUCGACUGGAUCAGUCCCUUCGUUACGCCGUUCACGUACGAAGCCAUGCUCGACAUGUACUGGGGCAUUUCAGGCCUGCGACACCUCGAGAUACCACUCUCCGAGAUCAAGCCCGGCACCGACAAAACCAAGGCAGCCGCCGGCCGGGUGGCGACGGAUAAGUCGCACGAGACGUUGAUUCUCGGCUCGCCGGAAGACCGGCACUUCGCCAAAAUCCGCGGCCUCAUGGCCACGGAACUGGGGCAGGUGCUGCACAACGAGGCAGUGCGGAUCCAGACGCAGGCGGGGCAACGUAAUUUGUCGACGCAAUCGGUGGACGAAUUACACUCGAUGAUCGCGCAAAUCAAGACGCAAGAGGAGGAUGAGAAGUGGCUGUCGAUCCACACAAUGCUCGUCACCCGACUCAUCCAGGAGGUCAACCGCCAUCCCGCGUUCUACACGCUCCUCCGCGUGGAAGACGACAUCCUGCACUCGUCCAGCUCCUUCUCGGCCAUCGCCGAAAUCAUCGCCAACCUCGCCUGGCGCUCUGUCCCCAUCUUCGAUGUGCUACGACUCACCGUCCUCCUUAUCCUGAACAAACGCUCAGACCUCGACGCCUCCAAAGUGAGGGCUAUUAUCUCCGCCCUCGUCGCGGUGCACGGCAUCGAAGUCGCCAAGAUCUGGAGGGAUAUCGAGGCCUGCGGCGUGCUUUACCCCCACAGCCUCGCCGAAGACUGCCGGAAACUCACAAGGGAACAUGCGCGACCAGAUAAAAGCACAGCCUACGUUCACAGCGGCUACUCCCCGCUCUCCGUGGACAUUCUGGAAGCAAUCAUAGACGGCAAACGCAACUUCCUCAGCAGCCUCUCCAAAAGCAAAGGCGCCCACGACCAAUUCUGCGUAUCCAGCCUCCGACAAAAUACACCCAACAACACCGCGAACAAGAAACCGGCCGACGGAGCCGUCACUCUCAUCAUAUUCCCGCACCACAUCACCUGGAGUGAGCUCGCGGCCAUCAAAAUCCUAGCCACCAACGCAAAGAGAAGAUUCAUUGUCAUCACCAACGGAGUUGUCGGAUAUCGCACCUUCUUCCAACUAGUCGCAAAAGACAUUUCCGUGGACGGGUCCAUUGAUGUGCCCAAUGGCGCGCCAAAUGGCAACAGCUUCCUUCCCAAUAAUAUUCCCGAGCAUCUGUCAAAAUCCUACAACGAGCUCUUGGCCGAGUGCGUGCUGUAG